UUCAACACACCACUUUUUAUAUUAAUUUUUAAUUUUAACAUCAUUCUUUCACAGUACGAUCAACGCUGGACGAUUAUUAUUUAUGUGUACCUAUACAUUAUUAAAAUAAACUUAGAAAAUUAAUUCAGAAUACAACUUUUAUCAAAACCACCACUCAAUCUACAGUGUAUGAAGGAAGAAGAGCAAUUAAAUUGUUUCAUUUGCACGAUAACUAUUGUAAAUUUAAAAAUGACAAAUUGUAAUAUUAUUACGAUUCGUGCCCCGUAGAAUGUAUACAGCAGACAACUUUGAAUAUUUUGUAAUACUGUCCAAAACAGUUUUUGAAAAGCUCGUGACGAGGCAUAUAGGUACAAAUUACAAACACACUCGAGGGCCUUAUUAUGAAAAGUACUUAACCGUUGUCAAUAUAAUCACGCUUAUAACAUAUAGGUAUAUAAUACCUACCCCUACGUCGUAAACAUGUCGAAUCGACCGUUGACUGUUUGCAGUAUCGAUCAGCGAACAAAUUGUAAGCCUUAAAAACCACCCCAAUAUCGAUACGACUGUUUUGGCGCAUGCACGCACCCGAAAAUAGCACGUCGGACGAUGUUUAAGUUCGCGGGUUGCCGCAAAUACAUUAUCGAAGGGUUGUUUUUGUUCGUGUUGAUCACCACGUGCUUGUUCAACAUCGUGCUGUCGCCGUACUGCAUGUGCGCGAUGGAGGCGUGUGACGAGCACGAGAUGACGGCCGUGCUUAUUCGCGUCAAAACCGUAUUGCCCCGGACCGUGGCCGUCGUGUGCCUGGUGAUCCGGGCGAAGACCAUGUUGCACAGCGCGAACGGCGAGUUCCGCAAGUACGAGAACAUGACGCGCGAGUACGAGGCAUGUUUUCCGGACAGGGUCGGCAGCGGCGUCACUUUCGUCGCGUCCAUAGUGUUCGGGUACGCCAUCACCGUGCUGCCCAUAAACGCGUACCGCUUGUACUUGAUCCACCAGGACGUCCGCAACCACACCGUCACCGCGUUCUUCGUGCUCAUGUACGCGCAAAACCUAUGCAUGUGCUCGACGGAAAUCCACUACGUGGCGCGCUGUUUCAGUCUGUACCGGCGGUUCUGUCAGAUCAACGAGGACGCGUUCGUGCUCAAGUUGGCGACGGUCACCGCGAACCGGUACCCGUCCGUGUUGCUGCAGUCGGCCGACGGACACCGCCGCGGCCCGAGUACGGCGGCGUCCGGGACCCGUCCCACUGUCGGCGACGUCGAGCUGCUCCGGAUGAGACACCAGUGCCUCCGGUACGCGAUCGGUGACCUGAACGACUUGUACGGCGUCCAGCUGCUGUUGUCCCUGUGCACCCUGUGCGUGAUGACCUUGAUUGACACCUACACCGAGAUGUUCGACAUGUUCUCGCUGGCCUGGUCACACUUGUUCCCGUACGUUUGGCUGACGCAAUAUUGCUUCAGGAUGUGCGCUAUCGUGUUGACGACGCAUUUCAUGAUGAAACAGGCGUAUAGAACAAAAAUGAUUGUAUCAGACACAAACAAUCGAAUUUUAGAUAUCAGCACAAAGGAAGAGUUAUACUUAUUUUCCAAUCAAAUAUUACGUCGUUCAAUGGAAUUCACUACCUGCGAUUUUUUCACAUUAAACGCACACUUCAUUACUUCUAGUAUUUUUGCAGUCAUAACAUAUUUCAUUGUGUUGUUUCAAUAUGUGCGCUAAAUGAAAUAAAAUAGAAAUAAUACUGACAAAUAAAUACUCGUACCCCAUGUAAAUUAUAAAUAUUAUUAUUUUAGUAUAAUAUAUGUUUUGUAUUUUUUUUAUUAUAGCUUUUA